AUGCAAACGUCCCAGAAACACCCAACUUCAGCUGGUAUCCAUUUAUACCACCAGCCUGUGCAAGACAUUGAUCCCUACACUCGUUACCAAAUAUUGCAAAGCAAUUUGUGCCAUGAAAUCCAUGAUAGCAGCAGUCAAGGAACCUCUAUUUCUUUUGAACCCUGCAAGGAGCAAUACUUUACCCUUGAAUCAUCCCCAGCAAUCAAUGAUCUCAUAGGUUGUGAUUCUCCUUCCUAUGCUAGUGUAUCAUCCAAUUCCAAUAGGAGUCCUUUUUCUCCACAAGCUUCUCAUUCAUACCAUUCAGACCAGCAUCAGUCAUCUGACAACAAUUAUGGAUCACCAACAAGUGCACACUCUAGUGCUGAUGAAAGCUAUGAAUUGAAGCACAAGCUUAGAGAGCUUGAGAUUUCAUUGUUGGGGCCUGAUUCAGAUAUUGUUGACAGUUGUCACUGCUGCUACAAGGGUGGCCACCACGGAGCGUCUCCAAUGGCUAAAUACAAUUGGGAGCAGAUCGUUGAAAUGAUUCCAAAACUAGACUUGAAGGAAGUCCUCAUUCGGUGUGCACAGGCUGUGGCUGAUGAUGAUAUUGAAACAGCGGUGGGAUUUAUGAAUAAUGUAUUGCCAAAGAUGGUCUCAGUUGGGGGUGAUCCAAUCCGGAGGUUAGGUGCCUACAUGUUGGAGGGUCUAAGAGCAAGGUUGGAGUCUUCAGGGAGCCUAAUCUACAAAGCUUUGAAAUGUGAACAACCGGCAAGCAAAGAUCUCAUGACUUACAUGCACAUCCUGUACCAGAUUUGUCCAUAUUGGAAGUUUGCCUACGUAUCUUCCAAUGCUGUCAUUGGAGAAGCAAUGCUAAAUGAAUCAAGAAUUCACAUAAUUGACUUCCAAAUUACACAGGGCACUCAGUGGUUCCUGCUUAUUCAGGCUCUUGCAUCUCGUCCAGGUGGACCACCUUUCAUUCGUUUAACUGGUGUCGAUGAUUCCCAAUCUUUUCAUGCAAGAGGUGGAGGACUUGACAUUGUAGGACAUCGCCUCUCAGAUUAUGCCAAAUCUUGUGGAGUGCCGUUUGAGUUCCACAGUGCUGCAAUGUCUGGAUGCGAGGUUGAACUAAAAAACCUUAUAGUUCGACCCGAAGAAACGCUAGCUGUGAAUUUCCCGUUUGUUUUGCAUCACAUGCCAGAUGAGAGUGUGAGCACGGAGAACCAUAGGGACAGGCUAUUAAGACUGGUGAAGAGCUUGUCACCCAAGGUUGUGAUCCUUGUUGAGCAAGAAUCCAACACCAACACUUCCCCCUUUUUCCAAAGGUUUGUUGAGACCUUGAGUUAUUACAGUGCUAUGUUUGAGUCAAUAGACGUGGCCCUCCCCAGACAGGAUAAGCAAAGGAUCAGCGCAGAACAACACUGUGUGGCUCGUGACAUUGUUAACAUGAUAGCUUGUGAGGGGCCUGAGAGGGUGGAAAGGCAUGAACUUUUGGGGAAGUGGAGGUCAAGAUUUUCGAUGGCUGGCUUUGCACCAUGCCCUUUGAGUUCCUCAGUCACUAAUGCAGUUAGAAAUAUGUUAACUGAAUUCAAUGAAAAUUAUAGGCUAGAACAUAGAGAUGGUGCUCUCUAUCUAGGAUGGAAGAAAAGACCCUUAUGCACAUCUUCUGCUUGGAGAUGUUACUGA